AUGGUCAACAAAAUCAGGGAGUUCAAGGAGCCAAAGUCGUGGAUCAUGUGCUCCUGGAAGAGGCAUGUGACCCACAGGUCCAUGCUGUCUUUGAUUACCUUUUUCUGGGUUUUUGUCAUAAUUGUUUGCCUAAUUGCAGUUGGCCUUCUGACAAGACUUUCCUUUUGUAAAUCUGUGGUUGUUAACAGCUAUUUUUGUGACCAUGGCCAGAUAUACCGGCUUGCAUGCAAUGACAACACUGUUAACGGAGUCGUUAGUAGCUUGCUAGUCAUUCUCAUUGUCUGGUUUCCACUGAUAUUUAUCUUGUUUAGUUAUUCAUAUAUUGCCUAUGCAUUAUCUAAAGUAGCCACAUUUCAGGGAAGAGUGAAGGCCUUUAAAACCUGCACAGGUCAUCUUUCAUUAGUGGCAAUCUAUUUCAUCCCAUUAUUAACCACAUUUUCUAUGGGAUCAAAUAUACAUCCAAAUGCCAGGAUCAUAAACCUGUCUCUGACCUCGAUCUUUCCUCCCAUGUUGAAUCCAAUCAUAUAUGUUCUGCAGACACAAGAAAUUAAAGCGUCGCUAAAAAAAUUGUUAAAAAUCGAGAAGCAAUCCAAAAUUAUGGUCAAGUAA